AUGUCCAGUUUCCAACCACUCACGGCCUCAUCAAAGCCAGACGAAACUCGAUGGAUUAUCCACAUCAAAGAAUCAUUCAUCCAAGAACUCGAAGAAGACACUGUAACCCCCGCUACCAUUUUCAACGUCCCCAAACUUCUAAUGGCCUCCGAUCCUCUUUCCUACACUCCCCAACAGGUAGCCAUCGGCCCCUACCAUUACUGGCGCCCGGAGCUCUACGAGAUGGAGAAGUACAAGCUCGACGCCGCCAAGAGGUACUCCAAACUGCUCCCAGAAGGCCUCAAGUUCCAAGACCUCGUCGACAAGCUCAUGAAGAAACGCGUGCCCAGGAUUCGAGCCUCGUACGACAAGUACUUGAAUAUCAACGACGAAACUCUGGCGUGGAUGGUGAUCAUGGACGCCUGUUUCCUGCUCGAGUUUCUUUGCGUUUACGCGGUGAAACAAGGCGUGGUCGAGCCCGACAGACUCCCCAGCAGGAUCGAUGUUUCCGGGAGGAAAUCCACCCAUAAUGUCAUGUUAAGGGAUAUUGUGAUGCUUGAGAAUCAAAUCCCACUUUUUGUUUUGAGGAAACUGCUGAAAUGGGAAUUCUCAUCCAAGGAAUUGGGUGAUGAGAGGUUGCGUACCAUUUUGUCGGGGCUGUGCAAAGAUCUUUCGCCAUUCGUGAAUAUUGGGGAAGAAAACAUGACCAAAGUCCCACUAGACGGCUGUGAGCAUUUGCUUGACUUUCUGUACAAAGUAAUGGUCCCGGAUAUGGAUGCACCGUGCCAAGAAUCAUCACCAGAUUUAGAAGGGCUAAGCAGUGGAAAUAUUACUUAUGAAGAUGAUGGAGACGACAAAGCUAAAUCCCUCGGUGACUCCACCAAUCUCAAGAGGCUUAUUCAAGAAAUUUGGAAAAUUCUUUCCAAGAUUAAGAGUGUACCCACAGAUGUUCUUAAUGUAAUUGUGAAUUUACCGUGGGACGUUAUUGGUAAUCUUCCGGGGGUUAAAAAUUUGAAGCAACGCCUAUUUCCGGCCACCCCAGGAAGCAAAAAGUCUGAUGACGAUGUUGAUGAUGAUGGUUCUAAUAAAGGACCUCCAUUAUUGGAAGAGAUUAGCAUCCCAUCUGUCUACAAACUUGUAAAGUCAGGAGUUCAGUUUUCACCUACAGAUUCAGGGAUUCUAAGUAUUGCUUUCGACUCGAAAACUACAACGCUCUAUCUCCCCGUGAUCAAUUUAGACGUGAACUCACAAGUCGUGUUAAGAAACAUGGUUGCCUAUGAGUCAUGCAUUGCACGUGGACCAUUAGUGUUUACUCGCUACACCGAGUUAAUGAAUGGAAUUAUCGAUUCUGAGAAGGAUACUAAUGUUCUAACUGAGAAGGGGAUUCUUUUGAACCAUUUGAAGAAUGAUGAAGAAGCUGCAAACCUAUGGAAUGGAAUGAGUAAAUCUAUUAGAUUGACGAAAGUGCCCUUAAUAGACAAGACAAUUGGAGAUGUGAACAAGUACUAUAAUGGUAAGUGGAAGGUAAAGGCAGGGAAAUUUAUGAAGUCAUAUAUCUAUGCUUCUUGGAAGAUUCUCACGGUGCUGGCAACCAUUUUGCUCUUGGGGCUAUUGACCUUACAAUCCUUUUGUUCAGUUUAUAGCUGCCCUCGUUUGUUUAACAUAAACACUACUUCCUAAUCCAUCUUUGUUCAAAGAAUAAACACAUAAUAGUAAAUAAUGUACACUUGAUCAUAUUCUAAAUUACAUUAUUUGAUUGUAGCAGUACUAAUUGUUUACUUAGCUUGUUAUGUACCAUAACCAUAAUGCAAAAACAAAAAAACAAGAAAAUAAUA